AUGCCGUUUGGAGAGAUGACGAUCCUGCUUCACGACGUGGCACACAUUCUUGGGCUUGCGGUUGAGGGAGAGGCGUUUGUAGUGGAUCCGAGUCAGUUGGAGAAGUGGGCACUGGAGGCUGACAUACGAGCACUACUGGGAUUAGAUCGUGACGAUUCUGAGUAUGGGGCGCAGGUUGGUGAGGUUGCUAGUCUAUCUAGGUGGUAUAGAGGAUUUGGUUUGUUAGGUGUGGGAUCUUUGACUCAUUUGCAGCAGUCUGGUCCGCCAGCUAGAGAGACUCAGUGUUACCUUCUUUUGCUACUUGGGUCCACACUGUUCAUAGAUAAGAGUAAGGACUGCGUUUCUGCUAUUGUCAACUUGUUUGUGAAGAGGCCGGAUAUGCUAGGAGAGUACGCGUGGGGGGGGGGGCGCAGGAGCACUUGCUUAUCUGUACAGGCAGCUUGGUAUUGCCUCCCGGGCGGAAGGUAA